AUGUCGUCUGUAAAUCAAGACAAAAAUUUCUUUCCAUUAGCACCAGUACUAGAAUUUGACUAUCUCAUCUGUGGAGACUGUGGCAAAGAAUUUAUGGAUUCCUACCUUAUGCAGCACUUUGAUUGGGCAACGUGUGAUAAUUGCAGAGAUGCUGAAGAUAAACAUAAGCUCAUAACAAGGACAGAAGCAAAAGAAGAGUAUCUUCUUAAAGACUGUGACUUGGACAAGAGGGAACCAGUACUCAGAUUCAUUGUGAAGAAAAACCCUCAUAAUUCACGGUGGGGUGACAUGAAGCUUUACUUAAAACUACAGGUGAUCAAGCGUUCUCUUGAAGUCUGGGGUAGUGAGGAAUCAUUGCAAGAAGCAAAGGACCUCCGCCGUGACAGCAGAGAAAAGAUGAAACAGAAGAAGUUUGAUAAGAAAGUUAAAGAACUCCGCUGUGCUGUGAGGAGUAGUUUGUGGAAGAAAGAAUCUACUAUCCAUGAACAUGAGUAUGGACCAGAAGAAAAUAUUGAUGAAGAUACAUUUAAAAAGACAUGUACUGUAUGUGGCCAUGAAUUAACUUACGAGAAGAUGUAGUGUUAAUAUGGGUUUAUUAUUAUAAUUUUGUUAUCUUUUCAAUGGUGUUUUUAUUAAAGUCAAAUAAAUGCUUAUUAUCUACAAGCUGCUGC